AUGCCACAGAUACUGAAUAACUCGCUGCUGUCUGGUUUACUUUCUCUCGUAGCUCCUUUUGAUGCAGAACCCAUCUCUUCUGUUCCCAACUAUUGUCCUUCAUGGCAGUUUUCGAAUUGCCUCUCCUACGAGGAAAGCCCUGGCUACUUGGAGCAGCUGGUAGAUUCCUGUCUUCAAGCAGAUGCACCCUUAGACCCAACCUUCAAUGCUUUCCAGCCAUCUCCACACUACCCCUCAGACGCCUUCCAGCCAGUCCCGCUCUGCUUUAACCAGGGCCUGGCUGCCGGAUCUCCCAAUCCCGCUGAUCUCUCCAGCCCGUUAAACUAUAGCUGCUCUCCUCCUCAGCUCUCUCCUUUCACCCCGCUGCCCCACAGCGAACCCUCUGCUCUGGACACCAAGACCUCUGGUUACCCCCUGGAGGAGUGGUCCUGCCAUACCCCCUCCCCAUACCCCCCCUCUGCCUGCGGCUGCGCCUCCUGCGGCUCCCAGCACGCGGACAACAGGGUCCAGCAGUGCUUCCCCUGCCCCAGCACGGACUGCAUGGACUACCUCCCACCCAUGGCCAUGGCCGAGGACUUCUUCCGAAGGGAUAGGAGCUGUGACAUCUGCUAUAGCUAAUGGGGACUGCGGUUUUACACAUCCACUGUAUCCAAAUCAGAUUAAUUACCCAUGAACUAUGCAAAGUUGCACUAACACAGUCCAGU